UUAAUCUUAUUACAUUGUUGCACCGUGACAAUUAACAUUGACUUCCACCAUAAUGAGUAUUUUGAUGGAAAAAAACACAUAUGUUGGAGAAGAUUAACCGGAAAGGGUAACGGUGCAAACAAUUUUUGUAUCGGAUGAUAACUGGAAUGAUAACGAUACAACAAGUUAGAAACCUAAAAGACUUAUUUGUUACUUUAAAAACUUAAAAGUAUCUACCUAUGUGUUACAAACAUUGAAUGCAUUUGGAGCUUUUUGGUUUUGUCAACCAUGACAGCAUGGUGAUGAUGGUGCACAUGAACGUUUGUAGCACUAUGUACCCUCAGACUCAGACCCAUGUGAUGUGACCUGGAUCUACCUGCAACAAUAAAAGGAAGAUUUAGCUCCAUUUAUCUCCCAUUAUUCUCCAUAUCUACUUUGCAUUUUUUUUUGUCAAGAAAGAAUGGAGAGAAGAACACUUGUUUGCUGUUUAGUUUUCCUAUGUUUUUUGAUUCCUUUAACAGUGGCAGAUUGGAACAUAAUAAAUCAGAAGACACAAAAUGGACUCAAGAUCAGCUUGAAGAAUUACUGUGAGAGUUGGAGAAUGAAUGUGGAGUUGCAUAAUAUUAGAGACUUCCAUGUUGUGCCUGAAGAAUGCACUGAAUACAUUGCAAAAUAUGUCAAGUCUACUCAAUACAAAGUGGACUCAGAAAGGACAACUGAAGAAUGCUUGGUUUAUCUUAGUACCAGCUGUAAUCUGAAGAAAGAUGGCAAAGAUGCAUGGAUUUUUGACAUUGAUGAUACUCUUCUUUCCACAAUUCCUUUCUAUAAGAAUAAUCUGGGAAAGAAAAUUAAUGUGACUGCUUUGGAGGAAUGGAUGAGCAAGGGUAAAGCCCCUGCUCUUGAUUACUCAUUGAGGCUCUUCAAUGACAUUAAAUCAAGAGGAAUUCAGAUCAUUUUGGUUUCUGGGAGAAGGGAGCAUCUUAGAUCAGCCACAAUUGAUAACCUUGUCAAUGUUGGUUAUCAUGGGUGGACAAGUCUUAUUUUGAGAGAUCCUUCUAAUGAAUUGGUGUCAAUGGCAGAAUACAAGUCUCAAGUGAGAAAACAUUUAACUAGUAAUGGUGAUCGCAUUUGGGGAAUUUUAGGUGAUCAAUUCAGCAGCAUUGCAGGGAAUCCAAGCGGUAUAAGAGCAUUCAAACUUCCAAAUCCAAUGUACUAUGUUGCUUAGAUUAUCAUCUACUGUAACAACAUUACUUCUUUAUCAUUUUGAGACUUCUAAAAGUUGAACUGGUGUUUAACGAAUGAACUUUUCCAUUUGGUACAUGCUAGUCAGCUGAAUUUCCAACUCUGAUAACAUAAUGGAAUUGAGUGACAAAACUAUGAAUCUCAUUGCAUUUAUAAUAUAGA